GCGUCUAAUCCUGACGGCUGACCACCGAGGGUAUGGGGACGCGUUUGUUUUAAUAUUCCUCCCAUUUGUUUUUCUAUGUAGAUUAAAACAAACACAAGAAGCAAUCGCAGUUUUUUAUUUAUUUUACACACGGUGAGAAAUUAGCAGCAAGCGGCUUUAAUUGGAUUCCCAGGCUCCAGACUGAGCUGCACCAUGUGGAUAUGAGGCUGCUGCGUUUCCAACUCCUGGGAACUUCUCCUUCUCUUUUUUGGGGGGGUGGUGGUGGGGCAGGUUUUUUAUAUCUAUGAUCCAGUGCGCAUCGCAGAUCCCCUGAGGAGUUGAUGGUGCAGAUUUCGGAAGUGAAUUCGUGGUGUUGAACUGCGGACAUGGAGGGGGCAAAGAAAGAUGCCCCCCCGGGGGAGAAUGGAGGCAAGACGGACACCCUCGGGUCCACUGGCUCGUCCAGGAAAAGAGGUGGGGGGGCCAAGAAGGCCAUGCAGGCGAACAAGUCUGCCCUCAGGGCCCCCCGAGCCCUCUGCUGCCUCACCCUCAGCAACCCCAUCCGCAUGGCAGCGCUGGCACUGGUGGAGUGGAAGCCCUUCGAUAUUUUCAUUCUACUCGCCAUUUUUGCCAACUGUGUGGCCAUGGGCGUGACCAAGCCGUACCCAGAUGACGACUCCAACGCCACCAAUCACCAACUGGAACAAGUGGAGUACGUCUUCCUCGUCAUCUUCACCAUCGAGACCUUCACUAAAAUCCUUGCCUACGGUUUAGUCAUGCACCCCAGCGCUUACAUACGCAGCGGAUGGAACUUGCUUGAUUUCGUUAUCGUCAUCGUCGGGUUGUUCAGUGUGAUGGCGGAGGCCAUGACGGAUCAUAAGCCAGGAGAGGCUCAUCACGCCGCGGGGAAACCUGGAGGCCUGGAUGUCAAAGCGCUCAGAGCGUUCAGGGUGCUGCGACCGCUUCGACUCGUAUCGGGAGUACCAAGUUUACAGAUUGUGUUGAACUCCAUCAUGAAAGCCAUGGUCCCCCUUCUCCACAUCGGUAUGCUGGUCAUGUUCGUCAUCAUCAUCUACGCCAUCAUCGGCUUGGAGCUCUUCAUCGGCCGGAUGCACAAGACGUGUUACUCCAUCGGCUCAGGCCUCAUGGUGGAGGACGACCCGUCACCUUGUGCGUUUGCCGGCAGCGGACGCUUUUGUUUCGGCAACGCGACCGAGUGCAGGGGCAAGUGGGAAGGUCCCAACGGCGGGAUCACAAACUUCGACAAUAUUUUCUUUGCCAUUCUGACUGUUUUCCAGUGCAUCACUAUGGAGGGCUGGACAGAUGUGCUCUACUGGAUGAACGACGCCAUUGGUUUCGAGAUUCCAUGGAUCUACUUUGUUUCUCUCGUCAUCUUUGGAUCCUUCUUCAUCAUCAACCUUGUAUUGGGUGUGUUGAGCGGAGAGUUCUCCAAGGAAAGAGAAAAGGCGGUGGCGCGUGGCGAGCUGCAGAAGGCGCAGGAGAGCAAACAGUUGGAGGAGGACAUGAUCGGCUACAUGGACUGGCUCAUCGAGGCGGAGGACGUGGAUGAGGAAGGAAACAAACGUGCUGCGAUCGCAAAGAAAAAGAUGAUGAAGAAGUUUGGCUGGUACAAACACAAUGAGGACGGCGGAGCGGAGUCCGACUCUGAUGACGACAUCGCGUACCUCGAUGAUGACAACGGCUUCUGCGCUUCUCUCAUGGCAAAGAUGAUGGCCAACAGCUUCUGUGACCAGUUGUGCCAGCUGAAUCACACCAUGAGGAAGAAUUGCAGAGUGGCUGUUAAGACCACAAACUUCUACUGGCUGGUGCUGCUGCUGGUGUUUCUCAACACGAUGGCCAGUGCCUCGGAGCAUUACGGACAACCGAAGUGGCUCACAGAGAUGCAAGAGCGAGCCAACAAGGUCCUGCUGCUGCUCUUCACCCUGGAGAUGCUGCUGAAGAUGUACGCCUUCGGCCUGCAGAUCUAUUUCAUGGCGCUGUUCAACCGCUUCGAUUGCUUCGUGGUGUGCGGCGGCAUCCUGGAGACGCUGCUCGUCGAGUUGGAGGCUAUCCCCCCCAUCGGCAUCUCCGUGCUGCGCUGCAUCCGUCUGCUCAGGAUAUUCAAGAUGACACGGCACUGGGCUGCUCUGUCCGACCUCGUCAAUUCACUGCUCAACUCCAUGAAGGCUAUCUGCUCCCUUCUCCUGCUGCUCUUCCUCUUCCUCAUCAUCUUCGCUCUGCUCGGCAUGCAGCUGUUUGGAGGCAAAUUCAACUUUGACGAGAUGCAGAUGAAGAGAAGUACAUUCGACUCCUUCCCUCAGGCUCUGCUCACUUGUUUCCAGAUUCUCACAGGAGAGGACUGGAAUGCUGUGAUGUACGACGGCAUCAUGGCCUACGGGGGUCCCAUCUUCCCCAACAUGGUGGUGUGCAUGUACUUUGUCAUCCUCUUCGUGUGUGGUAACUACAUCCUGCUGAACGUCUUCUUGGCUAUCGCUGUGGACAACUUGGCCGGAGGCGGAGGAAAGACGAAAGUGGAAGAGAAAAAGGACGACGAAGAAGAGUGGGAUGAGGAUGAAGAGAAAGAAGAUGAAGAUGCCGGGAACGAUGAGGACGACUGGCAGGAGAACGAGGAGCUGAGAGCCAUCGAGGGACUCGAGGGCGUGGCUCCUUUAAAGGCAGACUUCUCGCCUAAAGAGAAGAUCGUACCAAUUCCUGAUGGGAGCUCCUUCUUCAUUCUUGGAAAGAAAAACUGUUUGCGAGUCGCCUGCCACAACCUCAUCCAUCAUCCCUACUUCACCAACUUGAUCCUCAUCUUCAUCAUCUUCAGCAGUAUUUCCCUGGCUGCUGAGGAUCCAAUCAAAUCCCACUCAUUCAGAAACAUAGUGAGAACAAAGCACAUCGAAGCCUCGCUGGCAUUUUUCAUGCAAACUUUCAAACCUCACACUGGUUCCUCUUCUCCUCAGGUGCUUGGUUACGCCGAUUAUGUGUUCACAUCAGUUUUCACGGUGGAGAUCGUCCUGAAGAUGACGGUCUACGGAGCUUUUCUGCACAGCGGCUCCUUCUGUAGAAAUGCCUUCAAUCUCCUGGACCUACUGGUCGUCGGUGUGUCGCUCGCGUCCUUCUUUCUGCAUUCAAGUGCGAUCUCGGUGGUGAAGAUUCUCCGAGUGUUGCGUGUGCUCAGGCCUCUUCGAGCCAUCAACAGAGCCAAGGGGCUAAAGAAUGUGGUGCAGUGUGUGUUCGUGGCGAUCCGCACCAUCGGUAACAUCCUGAUUGUCACAACCCUGCUCCAGUUCAUGUUUGCAUGUAUCGGAGUGCAGCUCUUCAAGGGCAGAUUCUACAGCUGCACAGAUGAAGCCAAACACACUCCAGACGAGUGCAAAGGAACGUUUGUUGUCUUUAAAGACGGGGACAUGAACCACCCCAUGGUGAGAGAGAGGAUCUGGGAGAACAGCGAGUUCAACUUCGACAACGUGCUGAUGGGCAUGCUGGCUCUAUUCACCGUGUCGACAUUCGAAGGCUGGCCGCAACUCCUCUAUCGGGCGGUGGAUGCCAACGCGAUCAACCGUGGACCCAUCUACAACUACCGAGUGGAGAUCUCCAUCUUCUUCAUCAUCUACAUCAUCAUCAUCGCCUUCUUCAUGAUGAACAUCUUCGUGGGUUUCGUCAUCAUCACGUUUCGAGAACAGGGAGAGGCGGAGUUUAAAAACUGCGAACUCAACAAAAAUCAACGUCAGUGUGUGUACUACGCCCUCAAAGCUCAACCUAUAAAGAUUUACAUCCCCAAAAACCCCUCCCAGCUCAAAUUCUGGAGAAUAAUCAACUCCAGUCAAUUUGAAUACAUCAUGUUUGCGCUGAUUCUGGGAAACACGCUCACUCUGGCUGUUCAGCAUUACGAGCAGUCUAAAAUGUUCACCUCCGUCAUGGACAUCCUCAACAUGAUCUUCACUGUGGUUUUCACCAUAGAGAUGAUCAUCAAGCUACUGGCUCUGCGGGCUCACCAUUAUUUCAUCGACCCCUGGAACUCGUUCGAUGCUUUGAUCGUCGUGGGGAGUGUGUUGGACAUCGCGGUCUCGGAGCUUAGUGGAGGAGGCGGCCAUGGCGAGGGCAGUAAAGGAGAAAGUGGAAAAGUGUCCAUCACGUUCUUCCGAUUGUUCCGAGUCUUGCGUUUGGUCAAACUUCUCAGCAAAGGAGAAGGUAUCCGAACUCUUCUGUGGACGUUUGUCAAGUCGCUCCAGGCUCUGCCUUACGUUGGUCUGCUCAUCGCGAUGAUCUUUUUCAUCUAUGCUGUAAUUGGCAUGCAGACGUUUGGGAAAGUGGCCAUAGACGACGACACACACAUCAACAGGAACUGCAACUUUCAGACUUUCUUCAUGGCCGUUCUGGUGCUUUUCAGAUGUGCCACUGGAGAACAGUGGCAGGAGAUCAUGUUGGCAGCUCUGCCCGGCAGACGCUGUGACCCAGAGUCCGACACCGAGCCUGGCGAAGAGUUCACCUGCGGCAGCAACUUGGCCUACAUCUACUUCAUCAGCUUCUUCAUGCUCUGUGCUUACCUGAUCAUCAACUUGUUCAUCGCCGUCAUCAUGGACAACUUUGAAUACCUGACACGAGACUGGACCGUGCUCGGGACUCACCACCUGGACGAGUUCAAGAGAGUUUGGUCCGACUACGACCCAGAGGCCAUAGGUCGUAUAAAACACAUCGACGUGGUCACUAUGCUGCGAAGGAUUCAGCCGCCGCUCGGUUUUGGAAAACUAUGUCCUCAUCGAGUUGCUUGUAAAAGACUCGUGGCUAUGAACGUCCCGCUACACCACGAUGGGACGGUCACCUUCAGUGCGACUCUGUUUGCCCUCGUGCGAACCUCACUGAAGAUCAAGACUGAAGGCCCCAUCGACCAACAGAACGAGGAGCUGAAGGUGAUCAUUAAGAAGCUGUGGAAGCGAACCAAGCCCAAGCUCAUCGAUGAAGUCAUUCCUCCCCCUAGAGGGGACGAGGUGACUUGUGGGAAGUUUUACGCCAGCUUCUUGAUUCAGGACUAUUUCAAAAAGUUCCGCAAGAGAAAGGAGAGGGAGAGGAAAUCCAAGAGGAAGGACAGGGCGGCUUUUCUUCAGCAAGGGCUGCGGACGCUGCAGGACCUGGCUCCAGAGAUGCGUUUGGCGAUGGCCUGUGACCUGGAGGAAGAGGAGGGCGUAGACGGAGAGAUAUUUGACAGCGAGCAUGGAACCUCCGUGAGCACCACGCCCGCCAGCACGCCGAUGCCCCCCAUAGAGACUCUGGUGGAGCAGAUGACCGUGGUAGUCGAACCAGAGCCCAGGAAAACCAACGGGGGCGUGAUCACAGAGCAGGUGACGGCCCUGCAGGAGCACCAGAGGCCGGGGUCCGAGCUGGGGGGUGUUGAAGUCGUGACGGAGCAGCCUGUGAGGUCCGAGUGCCCGCCCAUCAGGGUGGAUACCCUCAGCGAGUUGCCUCCCCCACCUCCUCCUCCUCCUCCACCUCCUCCUCCUCCUCCUCCGCCUGAGACGUCAGGGGGAGCAGAGGUUGUCGCUGAAGAACCGGUUGUGGUAGAUACGACUCAAGUAUCUGAGCAGGUUUAUAAUAUUGAAGGCGAUGCUGCACUUUUAGCAUCAGAAGACAGGUACGUGUAUCCAGAACCGGUCGCUCCUGUACCGCCGGAGACCGACUACAAUGCACAGAGCUUGAAGGAAGCCAGCAGCGUAGGAGAGAUUCCUUAUGACACCCAAGAUGCUAAUGGCUUCAUCAGCAACGAUUACAGCACCGCCAACAUGAAUGGAGGGAGCGUCGCAGUCAGCCCGACUCCCUACACCCCAAAUGGGUACAACGGGAACGGAUACUCCAGCUACAAUGAGAACGGAAGCGUCAUCAGCAUCAAUGGAAAUGGAAGCACGUUGAACGGCGGCGAUGAAAACGGCAGCUCACUGACGAGCUACAAUGGGAACAAUGGCUACAGUGGAAAUGAGAGCAGAGGCGCCCAGUUUAUUAGGCGAAGGCUACUUCCUAACAUCCCCAAAGGUCGUACGCCUGCCUUUAACCUGCAGUGUCUGAGGCCUCAGAGCAGCCAGGAUGACCUCCCCAUCCCAGGAACCUAUCGUGGAAACACAUCCCAAUCCAGGUCCCGUCCACAGACCCAGCAAAGCAUCGAGCCCCGGCCCGGCAGCGUGUCCUCGAUGUCUACGGCCUCCUGGGUAAACACAACGGCAGCUGGCGCUGCUCCUGUCCCGGGAAUAAUCCCACCCUCGGGGCGCAGGGGCAAGCUCAUCUACUCUCCUAUGAUGCUGGUGGACGAAGCCACCGGCAGCAGUCAGCCGAUGUGGAGCGACGGCUCUGCCAGCCUCCCCGCAGGAAGCCAGCCCGGCUGGCACCCCGGACAGACGAGGACCUACACCAGCAUGAGGAUGCCGCCGGUCAAUCAGGGCUACGUGAACAAAGGCAGUGCCGACAGUCUGGUUGAGUCGAUCCUGAUCUCCGAGGGUCUCGGCGUCUACGCCAGGGACCCCAAGUUCGUGACCUUCGCCAAGAGGGAGAUCGCUGAAGCCUGCAACAUGAGCAUGGACGACAUGGAGAACGCUGCCACCGACCUGAUAGCUCGCGGCGCCAGUCAGUCCCUCUCUCGUUUCGAGGAGGAGCUGGCCGAUGAAAUGAACUGUGUGAUUUCUUACUGAGGUCAGAGAACUGUGUGAGAAAGUGAAGUACGAAGUUCUACAGAAGAAAAAAGGAGCGCGAGAGUCUUUUUUUUUUUUAAAUGAGGUGUGUGUUUAUAUCUUCUGUGGAGAAAAAAAAAGAAAUGAUGUGAUGGAGACAUGAAGUUUGUUGUCUCGUGACUGAAAUGCUUUUGUUUGUGGAUGCCAAAACACAAAUGCACUUAUUUUAAGAACACGUCAGUAUGUGGCAGGACGCGAGCGGGUUUCCAGGGAACGCUAGGACCGCGUCUGGCAGAAGAACCUGCUGAAGAUGACAGCAAACAGUUGCUCUUAGCUUUAUGACAAAGGACCAUUUUACAUUGUAAUUCCCUUUUGUACUGUACGUGAAUUGUUGACACUUUGUUCAAGUGUGUAGUUGCAAUCAUGGCACAAGCACACAUAGACUUAAAAUAUGUUAAACUAUUAGAUCAAUAACACUCGUAUACUUACACAGAUGAGGAGAUCCAGUUCACGAGUGCCCAGCAGCAUUCACUAAUUUAGAGAAAUAUUUAAAUAUAUUAUAUUUAAUAUCCUCUAAGAUGAAACACGCAUUAGCAAAAAAUGUAUGAAUAUUUCUUUUUUGGUCAUGUUGGGGGGUUGUAUCCAUUGUGCACAAAUAAAAACAAGUUUUCUCA